CUGGGACUUCUCCGCGCAUUUUUUUAGCCUUUCUUUCCUUCCUGUCCUUUCUAUCCUUUUUGUUCUUCAUAUAUUCCCUCCCUUCUCCCCCGCCGCCUGGAUGCUGAGAUUGACACGGUCGAGCCACUGAGGAGGACUCUUCGACAGCCCAUGCAAUGCUCUAUUCUGGAGUACCUGGCAGCAUCGAAGCCGGCUCGCGAUGAGUUACAGAUGAUCACGCGCAAGACUCGCAUACCUCUAUCAGAGGAAGGGCAAGGGGCCCCUAAGGCGGAAGCUUCUACAGUAGCAGUGACAGGGGUGACUGCCAGAGCGGAUCGCAUGGCAACCGUCCUUCUCGAUGGAAUGGAAGGUGUGCCUCCAGACAAAUUUUAUAUACUUGGUAGUGGGGCAGUGGAGACAAUUAUCAACGAUGGAGCGAUGCUUGAUGCUGUGAUCGAUAACGACAGUGAGGCUGUUAUCAUAGACGACGACUUGGUAGUGCAGGUUGGGCUGGGCCUCGAUAGGUCGUAUCUAUUUGAGAUAGAGACAGCUGAUGGUAGAAAGCAACAAAUUACCGAGGUUUGUCACAAGGCAGCUAUAGAAGUCCAAGGGGUACGAGUGACCCUGCCGGUCUUUGCAGUCAAGAACUGCAGCUCUGACCUGCUCUUGGGACGGACGUGGCUAAGCCACGUGCAUGCAGUGACGAUAGAGAGACCGGACGGGAGCCAGACAUUGUCCAUUAAGAAGCCAGACGGGACGCGCGUAAUGAUUGAGACAGUGGAGCCUCGGGAUCCGAGGAACAGAGCAGCUCUCGCUGUGGGAGCGAGACUCAGUGAUCAGUGGAUGAACCAUAGGAACGUUGUGGCGAUGACCGUCAUCCAAGCGGCGUCUGCAGUUCCCACGUCGGUGCCAGGCAUGUCCAAUGCUCUUUUCCUGCUGGGUGGCGCGGUGAUGCACGGCAUGUCGUUGACAUCCGCGGUUGCGGCGAUGGUAGGUCGGCAUAUGGAUGAGAGACGACGCGUUUGGGUUUUGCAACGCAGCGGCGGUGUGUGGGAGGAUCUCCAACGAGUUGGCGGCCGGCACUGCAGACUCCCCCGACCGUUGUUUAACGAGGUGCUAGCUCGCAUCGCUCCUCAUAUCUAGAGGCAGGAGACGAAUUGGAGACAGCCUAUACCGG